AUGCGAUCUACCGCCUUCGCUGCAGCUAUGCUGCCCCUCGCUACCGCAGCAGUCAAUGUAGUACUUUCCAACGACGACGGCUGGGCUGAAAUGAACAUCCGCUCGCUGUACGAUGGUCUCACUGACGCUGGCUUCAAUGUCAUCCUGUCCGCGCCAGCUGACAAUGAGUCGGGCACUGGAUCAGCCGACGCAGAGCCCACGACCGUAGGCAGACGAGGCUGUGAGUUCAUGUCCUGCCCGCCGGGCAGUCCGCCCUUUGGGUACAACGCAUCUAACCCGCGCUUCAACUACGUAAAUAGCUUCCCAGUAACAUCAAUGCGCUACGGCAUCCAAACCCUUGCUCCCCAUUUCUUCGGUUCAGCGCCAGACAUUGCCCUCGCAGGCUUUAAUGUUGGCACAAACCUAGGCCUAACGACCCAGAUCUCCGGAACCGUGGGCGCGGCGACGGAAGCAGCCAGAGAAGGCAUUCCCGCCAUCGCCUUCAGCGGCACCACUGGCGCCCAGGUCGGCUGGACCACGCCAUUGCAAACGUACCAGCAAGUCUACGCCGACCUUUCCACCACCGUGACAUCUGUGCUGGUGCACUCUGGACUUCCGUAUCUUCCCAAUAACAUCUGGUUGAAUGUGAACUACCCUGAUGUCAGCGACUCAAUCUGCUCGAGUCCUUCGGACUUCCGGUUCGUCUUGUCGAGGAUUAACAAUGCGGUGCCGUAUGUCACACCCAAGGACGUGUACACGUGCCAUAAUGACGGGAGGCUGCCGACUGAGACCGAAGUCGUGGAUACUGAGGGCUGCUAUGCGUCCAUUAGCGUGGGCGUGGCGACGACGAAGUUGGAUGCGGGCGCGGCUGAUCAGCAGGUUGUGCUCGACAAGCUGGAGAGUAUCCUGUCAUGCUUGCCCGCCUAA